CAGAGGCUUUAAAGUGUGCACAACAGUCAAAGUCAUCACUCACAUGCGCACAUUCACAAUUUAGACAAAACAUGUCACAUCACUUCAAAAAGAAUUUUCCAAGAAAUGCCUGAGUGCCAUUCCUGACACAAAAAUAGUCUGCACUUUCUGAUCUGAUGCACUAAGAGGCUGAAGUGACAUCAGCCAUCUGUGACCUUCAGUCGCAAAAGUAAUUGAUAGAGUUUCUGGUAGCAUUGCAGGUAUCCUAGUAACCACCACUGACUUGUAACUGGACCUCCAGCAACAUGCAGUAUCAACAGAGAAAGAGCUCUGUUAAUGACUGCUUUGAGGAUCAGGUUCUGCCCUGUUGUAAACACACACGUUUGUUGUUGGUGAUUCAUUGUAAAGCGUUUAUGUGAAGAUGUCCCUGCCUUGUUACACGUAUUCUGUUGGAAUUUUGAUCUUUUUUAACCUGAUUAAGCGGACAACAGAGACAUUAUAGGACUACUGGGUGCAUUCCUCAGUGAGCAGCAGUACAGUGCAAUGGUAAGAAAGGACACAGACAUGACUGAUGAAAAAGGCUGGAAAUACUAUGAAAACUUUCAGCCUGCAAAAAAUGUUCAUUACCACGUGUUGGAGGUGGUUGGCUCCCAUGGAUUUCAUAGAUGGUACCAAUGCUUUACAAUGCAGAUUCUUUUUGUGCAUGAAAUCUACAUUUUCCUGAGCAACAUUUAAGUGGACUGGUUGAAAAUCAACCAGAAUAAUGGAUGCGUGGAAUACAUUUUGCCAUAAUUAACAUAUUAAAUGACAUUCUGGAUAUCUGGUGAGACUAAAAAAGAACACCAGCGCUCUCAGGAUUUAUUUACCUUACAAGAAAGAAAAAGAUCGAAGUGAAAAACGAGAGUGGUAGAGUGAGAUGAAGCGUUACCUCGAAUUCAGUCCCGUAGUAACAGGACAUGGAUGACCUCAAGCACCCUGGACCAUUUAACCGAAAGAUCACCCUGUCAUGUAAAACCCUGGACUUCUACCUCAAAGUGUUGCUGCUGCUGGAGAAUGUGAAGCACAAUCAAAGUUUAAUGCAACAUUGUCCUAUAACGACUGAAGUCGGUGGCUUUCCCAACUUUACGUCUGAGGCAGGAUCCCCUUUCUUUUUUAAACUACCCAUCCCAGCAACCCCGGGACACACGAAGCGUUACCAGCUAUCUCUGGCUGAUGGAGACAGCACUUUGCCCCACUGGAUGGUUUUUUGGCGACAGACUAGCUGUCUAGCUGGCUUGGCUCUGACUGAGGAUUGUGGGAUAUACCACUUUAAAGUGUCUGUUAUUGGAGAGCAGCGUGCUGCCUACUUUUAUCUGCACAUCCUAAACAGAACAGUGGCUGACAAGAACCCAGCAAGGAAUACACUGUCCUGCUCUCAGGGGGAAAUGACCAUCUGGGCUAACCUUCUACUUCAGUUGAACCCGGUGACUCUUGACGCCAGCCAGCGUAUCCGUUUGGCCACCAUCAUGGCUGACUACCUGCGCCUGCCACUGGGCUUUGUCUACCUAUUUUCAAGAAGAAAAUCCUUCAUACAACAACAAGAGAAGUUCAGAGUUUGUAGGCAAGGUGGGCUUGCUGAGAAAAUUACUCGUGGUAAUGAGAAACAAGAUGUCUCAGCAGAUGUUGCUCAGCUUCUGUGGCGUGUCGGAUGUCAAGGAGAGGAACGACAGUCUGAUUUAGCCAAGGUACUGGAAUACAGUGUGACAGCAGGAGGGUUGGCAAGGUUACUGGAAGCUCCUGUUUUUGGAUGGCGGGUGCUUUGUGCACCUGGAGGGGUCCCACGUAAAGUUAAGAGAGACUUGCAAAGGCUAAAAUGUACCCCUAUUCGGAAUAUGAUCGUUCCAACGCCAACUCAGGUCCAUCAGACUGCGAAACUAGAGCAUUCACACAUAUAUUCUCUUCCUUUGACCAAGCUGGAACCAAGUUUGUCGAUCAUCUUAUUACAUAUGAACCAUGUGGGGACAAGGCUGGAGCCAACACACGCAGAUGAUUCAACUGAAAAUACCGCCAUCUCUGUCACCAAAGGAUUUUUACUUCAGCACUCUGGCCCACAGGCUGAUAUUUGCCUAGAUUCACCUGAGAAGGUUUUCAAGUUUACUUCUGCACUGCAUGCUUGUAAGACGCUCAUGUAUCACUCUGACAUUAAUCCUGAGAUGCCUAUCGCUAUUUUAGAGACAAAUCACAUGCAAAAAAAACAGGUGUCCUCAAAUUUUCUUUUCUCUAUCAAGCAGACAACUUGGCACCCAUACAGCAAGGAUGUUAAUGCUUUCCUGGAGCGACAAGCAUUUACUGGCAACAUUAUUUUGACAACUUUGCACAUGUCAACCAGUGUGGAACCUGGCUGCACUCUUCCAAACCGGAUUUCAGUUCACAAAUCUCAGGAACAUAUCAAGCAAACUGAGCUUUCUGCCUCGAAAAUAAAACCUCAUGUAGAGGCGACUGGCUGCAGUGAACAAGUAUCAGAAGUCACAUCAGAUCCAUCAUUACCAUCAUCCACACUGCACAGUAUUUACCUCUCACUGCCACUGACCCCAGCCUCUUACGGUGUCACUUCCACGCUGACACAUGAGGCAGUCGACAGAAAAUUGCUCACCACCCGUCUGACCCUCCGACCCCACCCGAAGGAAUCCCCCCUCUGGUCUGGUUCUCAUAGAGCCAGCCACACUGACUCAGAAAGUCAGCCCACAGUGAGCUCACUGGGUCACAUUAUCUAUAACCAAGGGCCUAUUAAAGAUCACCACACUGCCAAACCAACACUUUAUAACCUCCCAUCUGUUUCUCACCCACCUCUAACAGAGACUUUUAGUGAGGUCCUGCUACUGAACUCCAGAUUAAAGACAAUACAGUCACAGCCACCAUCAAACAGAAUACCGUCUACUCAGCUGUUUCCAGAUGUGUCACCGACCUCAUAUUUAAUGGCUGAGCAAUUAUCAAUAACUCAGCACUUUGAUACAACCCAACAUCUGUCCUCAGCCUUGUCUGCGAUGAAUCAGGAUGUAAUGUCUCAGCUAAAUGUAACAACUCAGGACGUGUCAUCGGUCACAUUAACGGGUCAGCUGACACUGUCUGGACAAACCGAAUUGGAGUCUUCGCUCUCAACGUCCUUGCUGGAGCCCUCAGUGAUGACAUUUACACCAGCUUUACCUUCUGAGCUUGGCUUUUUUAGUGGACAACUUGAGACACCCCAUAUUACAAAUCCAGUAUUUACAGUAGAGUCUCUCAAAGCAUCAUCGUUUACGAUGCCACUGUCGCAGACAUUCUCAAAAUCUUUGCUACCUGAUAUUAGUGUCUCGUCUUUGCAAAGAAAUCUUGAAAACAAAGUUGAAAUAUACUUACAGUCAAAAAUAGGCACAGAAUUGUGUUUUGAUCAAAAUGCACUAAUACAGACAUUAAGCUCAGACAUUUUACUGAAGUCCCUACAGCCAACAUACCCAUCUUGGGUUCUUCAAGUAAACAUUGCUUUAACUAAAACCCAUCAUAUCCUUUCUGUCCCAUUAUUUGUGUUUUCCCACAUAUCCUUAGUCAUUGGAAUGACAACAAGCGUGCAUUUAAAUACAGCAAUCCUGACUACAAUUGCACCAAGCCCUAGUGUGACCUGUCCAGUUCCUCUUUCAGUAUUUGAAAGCGCUAGACUAGUGUCCAAUGUCUAUUUUGAUCCAACUGCUCCCUCUGCUGUUCAGGAGCCCUACACUACAUCCUUCAUUCAUCAAAUGCAGACUCUUGAUCCUUCAUUCCCGUUAUGUGGCCAAUCUGUGGCACAGGAUCAUGUGUAUGUAAAUGGUUGUACCCCUCAAAUCAGACGUACCGACCUCGAGAACACAGUGGAGCACGUUCUGGACUUUUUGACAGGUUAUUCACCAGAUGGGAAGCACUGGACUGUUUUUCCAUCACAGUUUUUAAUGUCUGAUUCAAGUGAACAAUUCUUUUCAACCCAGACGUCAAACCCAGCGAUGCAUCUGUCUGCCAGUAAGACUACAGAAAUAAACCACGUAACAGCUACACCACAAAUGGACAUUUCAGACACUCUUCCUUCUCUAGAAGCGAGUGGCUUCUUAGUAAUCACAUACACAUCAUUAGCAGCGAACACAUCUGCCCUCAGUGGCAAUUGUGUCCGUAUAGAGAAUUCCUUGUUAAUCUGCCAAACAGACAGCAGUGGGCCAAUCACAAAAGGACGUCCCACACAGCAGAUUCUAAGCAUGUCUUUCAGUCGAUUUUAUGGGAUGUCAACCACAUUAUUAACAUCAUUACAGGCUGUAGGCCUUUCCUUAUAUAGAAGACAGAGCUCAGUCCAGCCAACACCUUCCAUCUCAAGCUCCAUGAAUCUCCCACCCAAAGUGUUGAUGUCUAUUCCAGUGUUGAUGGCCACUGUUGGGUUCCCCUUCCACUUCUCAAUCCCACCUAAAACCUUCCUAGACCCAGAAGAUGGUGAGGCAGACGCUCUUUCCCUGGAUAUUAGGUUGAUUGAUGGGCCUCCCAUCAGCGUUGGUACGUGGUUGGCACUGGACGGUCUGGAGCUUCACGGUGUUCCUCUGGAGGUGGACCUCCAGUUUGCUCCUCAGUACCUCCUACUGGCCGCCCGGGACAGACAGAGCCUCAGCACCUGGCUGCCUGUGACCCUGGAUCUCAGUCGUAGCCCCGUCGACCCCUGUCACAUUUUCACCCUGACAGCUCAACGCAGUCUUCACUCCAUUCUCCGUCACCGCCACAGGGUGGAACUAUUGCUGACAAAACUGUCUCGCUUCUUUAAUAGCUCUAGCAAACACAACCUCUCUGUUGUUUCCAUAAGGCCUGGGUCCACUGUGGUGUCCUGGUACAACUACAGCUUGUGUGGGAUGGGUCAUGACAGACUUAGACGGUGCCAUGUUGAUCAAAUACGGAGCAUGUGGUUCGCAAUGAGGUCUGCAGAUGGAUCAGUUAACCCUGCGUUUAGAGAAGCAAUGCUUCCAGAGUUCCUGAUCACUAAAGUUGGAACUGUGAGCUUCAGACAAGACUGUUUCUCCACUACUUCCACUCCCAUGUUCGAUGGAUUUACCCCUGCUGUCCACACUACCCUGACUCCAGGUUUAGGCACCAAUACUUCCCUCAGUCCCACCUCUAACACCUAUGUAUCUGCAUCUCCAGCUAUCACUGCCACCUCACAACAGAUUAACUACUAUCAGUGGAUGACUGGCAUGUUUACAGCUCUCCUCGUCGUCUGCCUUCUCAUCCUGAUCGUCCUCCUCGUUGCUACAGUUCUCCAUUUCUGCAAAGGUCAUAGAAGGUCAAGAACGCUCGCCAUUUGGCCUGCAAGCAGGAUGCUCUCAGUUCGAAGCAGGGAUCUGAGAGCCAUAAGACCAAGGCGGCCUCCGCUAUUCCAAUCUGAACUGCCUCCACCACCGCUGAGACUGUGGAUUAACCUCUCACAAGGCAAUGAGGGGCAACUUCCAUCAACAUGUGAGCAAGGAAGGAAAGCUCUUCACAUGGCACCACAGCCUCGUCCUCCACAAUGACUUUUCAAGUAGCUAUCGUCAAAAAAUAGAGAAAAAUCCCUUGCAUGAUUUGUAAAUUGUAACAACCUCAUAGUUCCAGUACCACAGAAGCAAACAUGAUUCAGAUUCACAACUAUUAAAUGAGAGUGUAUUCAAAAUUUUAAAAUGUACAGCACACUCAGAAUAAAAUAAAAACAAAAUCAAAACGUCAGUGAGAAAUAAAAAUGUGCUGUGGCAAACUGUAUAUUGUAACUAUUUUG